GGAGGAGGAGCUUCUUGGUGACGUAAGGCCCGGGAGGGGCGUGGCUUCUAGGUGACUCACCGCCUGGAAGGGGGCGGGCUCUUAAUGACGAGACGCCGGGGAGGAGACAGGCGUUCAUUGAUAAAAACGCCGGGCUCCCUCGGGCGCGAGCGCAGCGUAGCAAAUCCCGGCAGCGCCACGCGCGGCCCGGGCCGGGCGGAACCGAAACAAGCCGGGCCCGCGCUGCGACGCACCGCCUGCAUGGAGCCCGCCGCCAGCUUUCUAUCCCCGCGCCACUUCCAGCGUGCGGCCGCCCCGCCCGCGCCCCCUGCCGGGCCCGGGCCGCCUGGGAGUGCCACGCCGGGACCUGAGCUGGAGAUGCUGGCUGGGCCACCGGCGACGGACCCGGGGCGCCUUAUCACCGACCCGCGCAGCGGUCGCACCUACUUCAAAGGCCGCCUGUUGGGCAAGGGGGGCUUUGCCCGCUGCUAUGAGGCCACUGACACAGAGACUGGCAACGCCUACGCGGUCAAAGUCAUCUCACAGAGCCGCAUCACCAAGCCGCAUCAGCGCGAGAAGAUCCUAAACGAGAUUGAGCUGCACCGCGGCCUGCAGCACCGCCACAUCGUACGUUUCUCGCACCACUUUGAGGAUGCUGAUAACAUAUACAUUUUCCUGGAACUCUGCAGCCGAAAGUCCCUGGCCCACAUCUGGAAGGCUCGGCACACUCUGUUGGAGCCAGAGGUGCGCUACUACCUGCGCCAGAUCCUUUCCGGACUCAAGUACUUGCACCAGCGGGGCAUCCUGCAUCGAGACCUCAAGCUGGGGAAUUUUUUUAUCACUGAGAACAUGGAACUGAAGAUGGGGGACUUUGGGCUGGCAACCCGGUUGGAACCCCCGGAACAUAGGAAGAAAACUAUCUGUGGCACCCCCAACUAUGUGGCUCCAGAAGUGCUGCAGAGACAGGGCCAUGGCCCUGAGGCAGACGUGUGGUCCUUGGGCUGUGUCAUGUACACACUGCUGUGCGGGAAUCCCCCCUUUGAGACAGUUGACUUGAAGGAGACAUAUCGCUGCAUCAAACAGGUUCACUACACACUGCCCGCCAGCCUCUCGCUGCCUGCCCGGCAGCUCCUGGCUGCCAUCCUUCGAGCCUCGCCCCAAGACCGCCCCUCAAUUGACCAGAUCCUGCGCUAUGACUUCUUUACCAAGGGCUACACCCCUGACCGGCUCCCUGUCAGCAGCUGUGUGACAGUCCCAGACCUGAUACCCCUUAACCCAGCUAGGAUCCUGUUUGUCAAAGUUACCAAGAGCCUCUUUGGCAGGAAGAAGAAAAGUAAAAACCAUCCUGAGGAGCGGGAUGAGGUCUCCUGUUUGGUGAAUGGCCUCACUCGGACGUCCAUUGGCCGUCAGGAUGCCAGGCCUGAGGCUCCAGCAGCUUCUGGUCCUGCCCCCCUCAGCUUGGUAGAGACAGUGCCUGAAGACAGUUCACCCCGUGGGACACUGGCGAGCAGCGGAGAUGGGUUUGAAGAAGGUCUGACUGUGGCCACAGUGGUGGAGUCAGCCCUCUGUGCUUUGAGAAACUGCCUGGCCUUCAUGCCCCCAGCGGAACAGAACCCAGCUCCCCUUGCACAGCCGGAGCCUCUGGUAUGGGUCAGCAAGUGGGUUGACUACUCCAACAAAUUUGGCUUUGGGUAUCAACUGUCCAGCCGCCGUGUGGCUGUGCUUUUCAACAACGGCACACACAUGGCCCUUUCAGCAAACAGAAAGACUGUGCACUACAACCCCACCAGCACAAAGCACUUUUCCUUCUCUGUGGGUGCUGUGCCUCAGGCCCUGCAGCCUCAGCUGGGUGUCCUCCAGUAUUUUGCCUCCUACAUGGAGCAGCAUCUCAUGAAGGGUGGAGAUCUGCCCAGUGUGGAAGAGGUGGAGGUGCCUGUCCCCCCACUCCUGCUGCAGUGGGUCAAGACGGAUCAGGCCCUACUCAUGCUGUUCAGUGAUGGCACUGUCCAGGUAAACUUCUACGGAGACCACACCAAGCUGAUCCUCAGUGGCUGGGAGCCCCUGCUUGUGACUUUCGUGGCCCGCAACCGUAGUGCUUGUACUUACCUCGCUUCCCACCUGCGCCAGCUGGGCUGCUCUCCAGACCUGCGGCAGCGGCUCCGCUAUGCUCUGCGUCUGCUCCGGGACCGCUGCCCCUCCUAGGCCCUAACCUGCAGAGCAGGCCAUGACCUAAAGCCUCACGUCUGAGGCCUGUGCCUGUAAGGCUCUGGCCCUUGCCUUUGUGGGCCUCCCUGUCCCUUUGGUGCCUCACUGGGGGCUCUGGGCUGAAUCCCCCAGGGAAUCAGGGACCAGCUUUACUGGGGUUGGAGUCUGCGUGUCCCAGCAGCCUCCUACCCCUUCUCCAAGAAAAGCCUGAGCCUUAGUCCCCAGCUAGGGGGCAUUAUUUAUGGACCACUUUUAUUUAUUGACAGACAUUUAUUUAUUGGGAUUGAGCCCCAGGGAGGGCCUCCUCCUGGGAUCCUGGGAUAAUAAACCAUUUUUGCAGAACUUGGA